AUGGAAGAGGGCGCUAAAGCCAUUGGCGAAGCACUGAAAAUAAAUUCAACAUUAACUAGUCUGGAUAUUGCAAGCAACGGUAUAUCGGAAGAGGGCGCUAAAGCAAUUGGAGAAGCAUUGAAAAUAAAUUCAACAUUAACAAGUCUGGAUAUUGGAUACAACAUAAUAUCGCAAGAGGGCGCUAAAGCCAUUGGAGAAGCACUGAAAAUAAAUUCAACAUUAACAACUCUCAAUAUUGCAAGCAACGAUAUAUCGGAAGAGGGCGCUGAAGCCAUUGCAGCAGCACUGAAAAUAAAUUCAACAUUAACAAGUCUGAAUAUGAGUUAUAGCAGUAUAUCGGAAGAAGGUGCCAAAGCCAUUGCAGAAGCACUGAAAACAAAUUCAGCAUUAACAAGUCUGGAUAUGAGUCGAAGCUUUAUAUCGGAAGAAGGCGCCAAAGCCGUUGCAGAAGGAUUAAAAAUGAAUUACACGUUAACAAGUCUCGCUAUUGGAAUCCACACUAUACCGAAAGAAGUAGUUCAAGCAGUUGAAGAAGCACUGAAAAUAAACACAACAUUAAGAAGUCUUUCUAUUGAAACGUACAGCUCCGGGUUGUCUGAUGAGUUCGCAGCACUUGAACAAAUGUUUACGAUGAACGCAAGAUUAACUACUACUUACGUCCGGCACGUGACACCGUAG